GCCGGGCCACGGGGAGAGCGGCCGCCGGGAAGCGGGCGGGAGGCUGGGCGGGCAGCGGGCAGCCGCCGAGCCGCGAAGCGACAUGGUGCUGCUCAAGGAGUAUCGAGUCAUCCUACCUGUGUCUGUAGAAGAGUAUCAAGUAGGGCAGCUGUAUUCUGUGGCUGAGGCCAGCAAAAAUGAAACGGGUGGUGGUGAAGGCGUGGAGGUCCUGGUGAAUGAGCCCUAUGAAAAGGACGGCGAGAAAGGCCAGUACACGCACAAGAUCUACCACUUACAGAGCAAAGUGCCCACGUUUGUUCGAAUGCUGGCCCCGGAGGGAGCCCUGAAUAUACAUGAAAAAGCGUGGAAUGCCUACCCUUAUUGCAGAACAGUUAUUACAAAUGAGUACAUGAAAGAAGACUUUCUGAUUAAAAUUGAAACCUGGCACAAACCAGAUCUUGGCACCCAGGAGAAUGUGCAUAAACUGGAGCCUGAGGCUUGGAAACAUGUGGAAGCCGUAUAUAUAGACAUUGCAGAUCGAAGCCAAGUACUUAGCAAGGAUUACAAGGCAGAGGAAGACCCAGCAAAAUUUAAAUCUAUCAAAACAGGCCGAGGACCCUUGGGUCCCAAUUGGAAGCAAGAACUUAUAAAUCAGAAAGACUGCCCAUACAUGUGUGCAUACAAACUGGUUACUGUCAAGUUCAAGUGGUGGGGCCUGCAGAACAAAGUGGAAAACUUUAUACAUAAGCAAGAGAGGCGUCUGUUUACAAACUUCCACAGGCAGCUCUUCUGUUGGCUUGAUAAGUGGGUUGACCUGACUAUGGACGACAUUCGAAGGAUGGAAGAAGAGACGAAGAGACAGCUGGAUGAGAUGAGACAAAAGGACCCAGUGAAAGGAAUGACAGCGGAUGACUAAAGCCACUCCUCCCCCUUCUGCACUUUUUGCAAGACAGUGGUCAACAGGAAGGCCCAGCAGCUCCACCCUCCUGAGUGACAGGCCAUCUUCGGACGCAGCCUUUCUGUGCCCAUUCUUCAGGCAACUUUGAUCCCUUACUGUAGUUAAUUCUAGAUGCCCUUUAAUAUUGUGAACAAAUAGACUGUCUGGUAUUACGAAGCCCAUGUGUGCGGGAGCCUGCCCCUCUGAGAUAUGUGGCGUGUAGGUGGCUGUAUUUACAGCUCCUCCCUCCCCAACCAUUGUGUUCUUGACCCAUUUCUGUGUGCCCCCGCCCCUUUUAUUUCCAGUGACAUUUUUAGUCUUUCAAAAUAGCUGCCUUUUGUGAUGUGGUGAUUUUAAACGAUUUACUUUGUUAGUUUUCAACCUUGGGAUAAACUUGAGGUAUUUUGCUUCCUGGGCAGAUCUUUGCAAUUUUGAGUGCUCACCUGGGGAGAAGGGAUGAGUUAGAAAUACAUAUUUUUUUCCCCUCCAGUUCCACAGAACAGCAAUGUGGCUUCAUAACUCUGACCUCUGCUCCCAGUAACCCACUGUUAGAGCGCUCUAGGCACCAUGGAAGUACCCAAGGCCCAGCCAGCCUGUUUUGAAAAUUAAACAAAUACAAAUAACCCCUGU